GUUUGAUUCGGAGAAGAGGAAUGAGAUUGUAUCAGAGAGAGAGAGCUUGUGCAGUUAGUGAGGGAAUUGGGGAUGCAUUCUCAGCUGUUGCUGCUUUCGAUUGCCGAACAUGGCCUGUUUCAGGCCGUUAAUUAUGGUGUUUACGAAGCGUAGAGAAUCUCAUUCGGAUGGAGAUAGUAUAACUGAGUCGUCAAGUAUGGCUAUAGGUCUGUCUAGAUUCUAGCUUCCAAACUGCCCUACUCCACUGAUAUUUCCUUAGCCUUCUUCUAGCUGCCACUGAUGGGAUGGGGGAACAUUUACAGAAGGCGAAUGAAAGUGUUCUCUGUUGCUUUGGUAAUUUAUCUGGAUUAUAAGGCGCUGCAACAAAGAGAAAAAUGGGCUAGCAAAUCUAAAGGUUCUGCUUUGUGGGAGAAGGCUCAUCAGCGCAAUGCAAGACGUGUUCUCAAGCUGAUUAUUGAGUUAGAAGGUUUGUGGGUUAAACUUGGACAGUACCUCUCUACACGCGCUGAUGUGCUUCCUGAGGCUUACAUUACCCUUCUCAAGCAAUUACAAGACUCACUUCCUCCUCGUCCCUUAGAAGAGGUCCACAGGACUAUAGAGAGGGAGUUGGGUCAAGCUAUUGAUGACUUAUUCUCUAAGUUUGUUGAAUCCCCUUUGGCUACAGCAUCUAUAGCACAGGUGCAUCGUGCAACGUUAAUGGACGGACAGGAAGUAGUUGUUAAAGUUCAACAUGAGGGCAUAAAAACAAUUAUAUUGGAGGAUUUGAAGAAUGCCAAGUCAAUAGUUGACUGGAUAGCAUGGGCAGAGCCUCAAUAUGACUUCAAUCCCAUGAUAGAUGAAUGGUGCAAAGAGGCUCCAAAGGAACUCGACUUCAAUCGUGAAGCCGAUAAUACGAGAAAGGUGUUUACAAAUCUUGGCUGCAAAAACAGACAUGGUGAUGGGACAUCGUCCCAUCGAGUGGAAGUAUUGAUUCCAGAAGUUAUUCAGUCAACUGAAAAGGUGCUGAUUUUGGAGUUCAUGGAUGGAAUACGCCUGAAUGACUUUGAAUCAUUGGACUCUUUUGGUGUAAACAAGCAAAAGAUUGUUGAGGAAAUUACGCGUGCAUAUGCCCAUCAAAUCUAUAUUGAUGGGUUCUUCAAUGGUGAUCCGCAUCCCGGAAAUUUUCUGGUGAGCAAAGAAGCCCCUCAUCGCCCAAUUUUGCUAGACUUUGGGCUUACAAAGUCACUGUCGUUUCCCAUGAAGCAGGCGUUAGCAAAAAUGUUUCUGGCAUCUGCCGAGGGGGACCAUGUGGCGUUGCUGUCCGCUUUUGCAGAGAUGGGACUUAAAUUGCGCCUAGACAUCCCAGAGCAGGCCAUGGAGGUCACAACUGUAUUUUUCCGCACGUCGACACCAGCAACUGAAGCUUUUGAGAAUGUGAAAUCCUUGAAUGAGCAGAGAACAAAAAAUCUGAAGGUCAUACAGGAGAAGAUGAAACUCGACCCAAAGGAAGUUAAACGCUUUAAUCCCGUUGAUGCAUUUCCUGGUGAUAUUGUAAUUUUCUCUCGGGUUUUGAAUCUUCUGAGAGGGCUUUCUUCAACUAUGAAUGUCCGCAUAGUAUAUCAUGACAUAAUGAGACCAUUCGCAGAGCAUGUUUUGCAAGGAACCAUCUAUAAGGCACCUGCAGUGAAUGCCCAGUGGGUCUGUGAUACACCUGUUCUUUCUGCUGUGGAGGCCAAGCUGAGACAGCUCUUGAUUGAUCUGGGAAAUGACGAUAAAAUACUGGGGAUCCAGGUUUGUGCCUACAAAGAUGGGGAGGUUAUAAUUGAUACUGCGGCUGGAGUGCUUGGAAAGUAUGAUCCCCGUCCAGUGCAGCCCGAUAGCCUGUUUCCUGUUUUUUCGGUCACAAAAGGUGUUACCGCAGGGAUGGUGCAUUGGUUGGUUGAGAAGGGAAAGCUCAGACUAGAUGAAAACGUAGCAAAUAUUUGGCCGGAAUUUGGAUGCAAUGGAAAAGAUCUUAUUAAGGUCCAUCAUGUGCUUAACCAUACAGCUGGUCUGCAUAAUGCAUUAAGUGAAAUCAGAAGUGAAAAUCCUUUGUUAAUAUGUGACUGGAAUGAAUGUUUGAAGCGCAUUGCUGCUUCAGUACCAGAAACUGAACCUGGUCAGAACCAGCUUUAUCACUAUCUAUCAUUUGGCUGGAUAUGUGGUGGAAUUAUCGAGCAUGCAUCGGGAAAGAAAUUCCAAGAGAUUCUGGAAGAAGCUUUCAUUCACCCCCUCAACAUUGAAGGAGAACUAUAUAUUGGAGUUCCUCCAGGUGUGGAAUCUCGACUUGCUACACUCACUGUAGACCGGAAUGACCUGACCAAGGUAUCUCAGAUCCGCAAUCGUCCUGACUUACCAUCUUCUUUCCAGCCAGAAGCCAUUCUGGAAAGUAUUGUAACCCUACCGGCACUAUUUAACAUGCUUAAUAUCCGCCGUGCAAUUAUACCCGCUGCUAAUGGACAUUGCUCUGCGAGGGCUCUGGCACGUUACUAUGCAGCUUUGACUGACGGUGGUUUGGUCCCUCCACGAGAUUCAACUUCCUUUCAACCAAAUCUUGGUAGCCACAUCCACAUCCCCAAAUUCCCCUCCCUAAAAGUCUCCAGAAGGCAGAGAGGGCGCAGAAACAAGGGAGUGCUGUCUCUCCUGACGAACCCAUAUUUACAGAUACCAAACCGCUCCAAUGAUCCCCAAGAUGGUGAUUGUGGUAUAACGGCUACUGGACAGAAUACCACUGGGCUUGAUUGCGGGAGCAGCAGUUGCAGUAUCAAUACCUCUGGCAGCGGAGGUAAUGAUGACAAGCGUAGAAACAGUGAUCAUCACAAGAUUUUUUCUGGGAAAGGAAUUUUUGAUGCAUUUUUGGGUGAUGGUGACUAUGCAAAUAUGGCCCUGCCUGAUGGGAUGUUUGGACUUGGGUUUAAGAGAUCUAGAUCGAAAGAGGGAUCCUACAUUGGCUUUGGGCACACUGGGAUGGGCGGGUCAACAGGUUUCUGUGACAUCAACAAUCGGUUUGCGAUGGCCGUGACCGUGAAUAAGAUGUCAUUUGGGGCUGCGACCAGGAGUAUCAUUGAACUUGUGUGUUCAGAGCUUGAUCUUCCAUUACCACAGGACUUUGACCCACCAACUGACAGAGGGUCCAACACAGAGAGACCUCUAAUUAACUGAGGCCAGCGAACUGUAUCUGUAUACAUGGUUGGUGAUUUUGUAUACUGAAUAAUGCAAAUUGCAAACCACACACAUUUGACUUUUGAAUGAUGCAGUCGGGCAUCCGUAACUUUUUUGAAAGUAUGGGAUCGUAUAAUGAUGUUAUUUA